AUGGAGAAACGAAUGUUUAUGUUCGCCGUUUUCCUGUUAUGUUCCGUGUUAAUAGCUUGUAAGACGUUGCCACCGAUUGGUUCCAGAGAUUUUCAAAGAAGACAAACUGUUGCUAGACAUGGGACCAUGAAGGUAAAAACGAUACGCUUGAACAAGAAAGUCGUAGAUAUUCAGUGACUCAACCAGUCUAGUAGACAGAGUACUCGGGGUAUUAUACCUAGCUCCAGGCCAAGCUAACAGAUUAUUAAACCAAAAAUUUAGGUACGAUUUGAAAACAGUUGAAGGUAUUCAAAGUGCUAAGUUAAUGUAUUUAGCCUUUUCAGACCAUAGGACACUGAAAAUUACUCACAGUUGUCAUGAACAUGUCUGACUGUAACUGAAUCUCGUGCUUUCGGUUUUUAAAUAAACACACUGAUAUAAAUAAGUGAAAAUGUCGGGAAAGCAGCAUGAUUUCAAAAUUUACUUCUUCAAAGAGUUUUUAAAUGAAGUAACAGUACAAAUUUAUUGCCAAGCUAUUAUAAAGACGGUUGUGUUACUUGACCAAAGACGCAACAGUCAAAGUUUGACAUUUUUUUCUGUAUUUAUGAAAUAAAAUACGUACAAAAACUAUCCCUGAAUUCCUCGCUCUCUAAGCUAUGGAAAGUCUAGAAAGGCACGUCGAGAUAAGCAGUUAGAACUAACAACUGUACUAUCCAAUGUCAGAUUAAACGCUGCAAGUUCGUAAAAUGACUUCCAUCAAUAAUACAUUCAUACAAGAAAGUCAUUAUAUCCGGUGUCAUCAGAUCCUUUUUUUUUGUCUGAUGCCGCUUCAUCGGGAAGCGACCUUUACUCACAUGGUUUAUAGAUCGAAGAGCUAUCGGUACCACUGACAGUUGCACUGAUACUUCAAAUCGGUGUCUUUGUCUCAACUGAAAUAUCCCAAACUAUAGAAGCCCUAGCAAAUAAUCUAGUAACCAUCCAACCCAUUUCUAGAACUCAAAGUGUAGAUUUUUUAAAAAUCGUUUAGAAUUGUAUCUCGUAUCUUGCAUGUCCCCUGCACUUCCGCAAUUGGCGCGUUCCUUUGGGAUGACGUGCAUGAAUCAGAGGCUGUGGGUGGGACUACUGGAAUCCCAGUAAUCAGCGUAUUUUUAUUGCAGGUAAAUGAUUCGGAGGAUUUAAAAGGACUACUCUCUGGUUCAAAGAGGAUUAAAAGAACAGCAGACCAUCGAGAGCAAGGUAGUCCGGACCACGAAUUUAAAAUGCCUGUUGAAACUAUCGACACAUUGCAUUUGAGUCGCACUCCUUUUUUUGUUACUCAUGCAAUAGUCCGAGUAAGGAAAUAUAGGAAGUACAUUACUGAACAACGUUUAGGUAGACGAUCAACGUAAAAAGAUAGCGCUCACAAGUUGUGGUAAAAUUAUAAAUGCCCGUGGCAUUAGUCCUCCGACGACUCUCAGGACUCCUCCCCUCUCUGGACUCUGUGUGUUAAAAGUGUGACAAAGUAAACAUACCUCACAAACUUGUCUUAUUCAGUUUAUUGUUUAUGAAGAAAAUAAACUCUGCGAAACACUAGCGUAAAAGAGGCUUGUAUAUCAGGUCUUAUCUACCUUUCUCAUCUAAGCUUUCUUUUUCUUCAAAGUACGGUAAUCUCAGCUCUCUCUCUUAAACUAGAUGUUAUGAUCCUGAGGACUGGAUAGCGCCAAUUUAGCGCUGCAUUCCUCCCGACGAUUUCCAGGGAAUCUUGAUUCAGUUCCGGGUGUCUGGAUAUCGCUGGAAAAAUCUUUCUCGUGAUGAUAUUUGGAUACGAUAUCAGUUGAAACACUCUUUUUCGUUUGGAUAGUAUCACAUUGUUUGGAUAUCGGUGUUAAACAUUCCUUGUUGUGUAGGACAUAUAUGAUAUCCAGGUCAUGCAUUAGUGCGGCUUUGGCAGGAAUGAAAGUUUGGUCAUUGUGAAUCAAACAUCGACUUGAACAUAGCUAGAUUCCUGGAUCUUCAUCAUCUCUCUAACAACAGCAAAGGUAACAACCUCAGAGUCAUGCCCAGUGUUGCCAUCAUGGCUCUUCGCACCUUCACCUUCGGUCGACUCAGCAGAGCUUUAGGAGCGACUCUUCCUUUCCAUUCAGCAGCAAACGACAUAAAGGAAAACAAAAUGUUGAGAAACUUAGGUAACGAAAAAUUAAAAAGGCAAAACAACGGACUAUAAGUAACAAAAAUGCUUAAGAAUGGCGGAGCUUGAAAAAAGGUGACCAGCCGCCAUGCGCGCCCAGCACUUCAAUUGGGUGAAAAAGCAUGAACAUGAACGUGUACUCAUAAAUCCUUCGUUUGCAGUCGAACCCCGCGUUACGGACACCCGCUUAAUACGGCCACCUCGUCAUUGCGAGCAGUUUGCUUUGUCCAUGGGGUAAGCUCAUACAUUUUCUCUAAAUUUCCACCCAGACAACGGACAGUUGUUUCUUGCCGCCGACAUGAACAGAUUGUCAUAGAAAGAUAAUCUCGCUAAUACGGACACUUCCGCGGUAACAAACCUUUCCAUCUUGAAUAUGGUACUUUGCAUAGAACAUGAGUUACACGUUUCAACCCCUUAUGAGUUUCUGGUAGUAUAAUAAAUAUAACAAGGUGAUUUUUGACUUAAAUAACACGGCCCGCUUUAUACGGACACUCUCUAUAGCCCCUUCCGCGGUGUGCCCAUUAACGUAGUUUGACUGUACUUUUUAGCGACAACGUUUUCUCAAUCAGGUAUAUAUUACAUGGCUCUCGGGGAAACUGAAAAGCAGCUUCCACAUGAGCUUUAACUUUUGACAUCUCUCUUAGAUAGUAGAGACCUUUUCCCCUUUUUUCCUGGGCUAAUACAAACUUGCACAGGAGAUCGUCUACAGCAAAAUUCGUCCACCAAACAGUCCCAUUAUGCUCAACAUAAACGCAGGUCACUCUUAAAUCUCAAGCCUCAAUAGAGAGGAGAAGAGUGAUGUCACGUUACCAUGGUAGCAAUCUAAUUUAGGUAUAAAUAAAGUCGAUCAGAGUUCCUAAGAUAAUGUUCACUAGCUAGUAUUCAGUAUUAAUGAUAUCAACAGAUUUAGUUACCAGUAGUUAGUCUUUGCCUCAGUUGUUUCAACCAGCCGUACUAAUUGUCAUUUGCGUUGUUUCUGUUACAGAUGCCCCCGAAUUUCUUUUGUACAUCAUUGGAAAUGAUAUCAAAAAGUUGACAUUAGGUGAUGCCCCUGUGGAGAGUACUCUUGUGCCAGGGAAGCGGUUCGAUGGUUCGCCGUUAUUUUUAGAUUUUAAUUACAAAGAAAACCGCUUGUACUGGGCUACUUCCAAGUCCAUUUAUCGUUCUUUUCUCAGCGAUACGUCUAGUAAGUGAAACGUUACACAUAAAUAAUAUAUAGAUUUAGCCAGGGCUAACAGCGAAGCUCUCUUUAACAUUUAUGGUUCCUCAAAGAAAAUAUAAAAUCGAUGAAUACUAAAGACAAGUUGAAAGCAACGAAAACGCUAAAAACAACAACAAUAGAUCUAAUUAGCAAAAAAACAACUUUGCACGUGCAGCACACUUUUUUUCUAAUUAGCAAAAAAAACAACUCUGCACGUGCAGCAGUUUUUUUUUUGUACAUUUCCUUACCGUUGUUUUACACGACUAACGUGAAACUUCUUUUAGCUUCCUAUUUACGCGUUUUAUGGAGGAAAUGUUUGUGUUCCUGUUCAUUCUAUUUUUUCACUGCCGCUGCUUUUUCACAUUAGUAGCCGCUAGCAUUCUUCAUUUUCUAACCGCCGCUAUAUAAUUUUCAUGUUUUUCUUCCAGCGGCAUUAGUCUCCGUUGUUAUUUAUUUCACGGUCCUGACAAGUGUGACACUUGACAUCGGCUUACAUGAAGUGUGUGUACGGGUGGGCGGGCGGGCGGACGGGCGUACGCUACGUCAUAACCAAAUUUUAUCGGAUGGAUAGUUUACCAAAUUUUCUUACCCAUGGUGCUCCGCUGGCGCGCUUCGCGCGCGAGAGCUCCGCUACUAACUACAAUAGUAUACAGUGAGCCACAGGAGCCGAUGCUUAUUGGCAAGUGGCCGGACUUAAUGGAGAGGUUGGCCGCUAGCUUUAUAUAGAUUUAGCAAGGGCUAAAAGCGAAGCUCUCGAUAAUAUUUAUGGUUUGCAAAAUAUAAAAUCGUGUAAUGCUAAAGGUGAUGUUACAAGACACAAUUCGCAACGACGAUUUUUGGCGCAACACAGGGUUGCAACAUUGUUGCGACAUUGAUUCGAGUAGUUGUUCCCUCGCUGCAACGCUGUGUUAUGCAAUUAAUCUAAGUUUAAUACUUUAGACAACACGGAUACACAAACAAUUUCCGCUUUCCAUUUUCGUCUUUGUUGACUUUUUAGUUGUCUCUGCUUCACAAGUGGCGGGUGGCUAUGCGAUUUCCCUACAAAAUAACCUCGAGUUGCAUUUGGGCUGCUAUACCUGUUGAUUGAGUUACUUUACAUUGGUAUGCCUGUGAUGCGGACGGACGUACGGUCACUUGAUUACCAAAAUUUCUCGGUUGGGUAGAUUACCACAUUUUCUUAGGUAUGGGACUGCGCUCGCGCGCGCGUGGAGCUCCGCUAUAAUUUUACCUUCGAAAAACGAUUAUUGGGUCACAUUUCAAAAAAAAUAUUAGGGUUUUCAAACCUGCACCGUUUUCUUAAAUAAAAUGAGUAAGUUCGUACUGGUCACGUGACCAAAACGUGAUUUUUAACAUUUUGAAUUACCAUGAAGACAAAUUUUGCACUUAAACUUCAAGUAAACUGUUGAAAAGCUGAUGUGGUAACGUUAACAGGACAUCUGAGCGUAACUAUCGAACGUUUAACAAGAUACAAACAAGAAGUAGUUUUGACUACCAUUUUGGAGGACAAGAGUAAAACUGGUAUCCAACAUGAAAUAUUGAUCAAAGUGCCAUAAAACAUCUCUCUUAAAUGCGUUUCCUUUGAAUGUUCGGGUGUAAGAUAAUUUUUAUGUGUUGUGUCAAUUUUUGGCAUCAGCAAGAUUCCAACGCAUUGUUUUUAAAAAGGAAGUAUUGGUCACGUGACCUCUUAGUCCAAAUGGCCCAUUAACUUAGUUUAUCAUACUCGAUAGAUCGUUUUCAUAUGACGUCGCGGCGGCCACAUUUGUGUACAAAACAAUGAAUCGGCGGCCAUGUUUUUAUACAAAAAAAUCCGGUGGGAAUUGAACUCUUUUCACAGGUUAAAACUGUCUUUUACUCCAAGCAGUUUGCAAAACUGCUGACCACGUGACUGAAAACGAUCUAUACGGUUAAGUCUCAUGAGAGAUGCAACGUCAUUCACGAAAAUUCAAUAUAGUUAACAUCUACAAAAGGUCUAUAUUGUGUUUGACCCAAGUUAAGACCAGAUACCAAACCGACAAGAUAAACAUUCAGAUAAAUUUUAAAAACUGCUCCCAGUCCGGACAGUAACGAUGUGCGGGACACUGACCUUGUUCAUUAAUUACAUAUUAGACUUUUCCCUAUCCACAAGAUAAUCCACUAUUAAAGCCAGUGGAUAAGCGUUGAGGAAACAAAUUGUUAACUCAGUGGAAAGCCUGGAUCACGCAAUUGCUUCACAUAUACUCGGAAGUCCACCGCUGACUACUUUUUGAAGUGGUACCUGCUGCCCUUCGCUAAAUUUGAUUUCAUAUUACGUUAUCGACCAGGAGCACCCAACGUCAAUUUUCUGAAAAUAUCUGUUCGGAAGACGAUUUGAGAUCUAGAAUUUUGGGAACAUUUGUUGUAAAAUUUCUUGCUUGCCUGCCUCUCCUAGGAUUUUUCGAAAAAGUGGUAUAAUUGCCCAUUUUUCACGGAUUUUUACCCUAAAAAGGGGACCUAGAAUUUUCGGGAGCCCUUUUUCUGGCUGAAAUUUUCGAAAAGGUAAGUUUUUGAUCCCUAUAAUUUUCGGAUCACUAGACUUUCAGCUAGGAAAUCCGAACAGAUGAAAACAUUUUAGGGGAUAAAAAUAUGCCUAUAUCUACCGUUUAAAUACUAAAAUACGUUCAACAAUGCUAUGUUUAGUGGUUUGAACUAUAUUCUCGUUGGGUGCCCUUGAUAGACAUUCGUCUAAGGCGUAGGCCAACGUCGAACUUUUAUUGGGUCGGCCUAAAUUAAGUUAAGACGAAAUUGUGCGUGACCUCCUUGUCAAGGCCAAGCUGAAACAAACAAAGACGCCAACUUCAAACACACCCUCCAUAACAAAAAGGCAACUCCAUUAGAUGCAAAACCUGGCCGUUCAUUAAAGAUAGUGUAUCAUCAUGUACAUUCGAAAACACUGGCCAAACUCACCUCAUCAAGCAGAAGACGAUCACAUGUACAUCUAAAGAUCUCAUUUACAUGCAUGAUACAAUGUCGCAAAAGUAAAAGCACCCCAAACACAUCAGCGCAAAAUUUAGUUCUCUUAUAAGCAAACUUGAAAUCCUAGAAAAAUCAUAAGUCCGCGAAAUUUCCACGUACAGAUUUAUACUUAGACUCUUUUUAAAGCUUAGGAAGUCUACUUUUCUGAGAACAAACGAUUCAUGGUGCGCCGCUCCGGUCUCCUGAAUUAUUUUGGUUCUUCAACCCGGUCACAAUAUAUUUUGCGGCUUUAUUAGUUUUUCUUAGCGGCAUAAACAGGCAGAGUAUUUGGAUAAAUUAUUUUGAACUUAAUUAGAUUGCAUUCGCCCACAGCUUUAUUAUGCUGCCGUCUGGCAGCCUCGCGUCGUCGCGAGGCUGAUCGUUGGCAAUCGUACAAAUUUUUAAUUUAUUAAUUUACUUUGUUGCAAGUACGCGUUUAUGGUUUGCUUUGCAGAUAUACAGACCGUUCACAGAGACCUGCCUCUUGUGCAGGGAUUAGCGGUGGACUGGCUUGGCAAUAACAUAUAUUGGCUUGACCAGGGUCACAUAAUGGUUUCCAGGACGGACGGUCGUUUUAAAAAGACUUUGAUUAGGAUCCAGGCUUUUCACAGGAACCCGCUCGUUCUGGACCCUGAAAAAGGGUAAGAUUUACUCGUUGUGAGCAAGUAAAGGGUUGGUCUAUUUUACCUGUGAGGCGUCGGGGUGGGGGGUAUUUUGCUGGGGGGUCAUUUCUAGAUAAGGGGACGUUACAUGGGGUUCAUUUGAAUAAAUUUUAUUAAAGUAGUACAAAGCAGUAAUGAGCGUGAAUUGAAAUUGAACAAGAACGCUCUUAAAAACCUGCGAGUGUCGCUUGCUUAGAGAUUAAGAAAUAAGACGCUCCUAAAAAGGUCGAUUCGACCUUGCUUGGAGAUAAAAUAGCAAAUGAGGAGGCAAUUAAUUCUUAAGGAGCCUGUGUCCGGGCGUGUAAGCCAUAACGACUAUGUGGGGAACUGAGAAAAAAAAUGCUAGCUAGGCAGGUUACACAGAAAGCAUAGACUGUCUUUGGUACUUACAAUAAUCAGGAACUUCAAUGUCUUCAGUUUUAAAACUGGAAAAAGAUUAUAAUGUUACAGUUGGGUGAACUUGAGCCAAUUUGCUAACCAUUAAUUAUUAUCUGGGUAAACCUCAAUAUUAACUAUGAGAUUGCUUGUUAAACGUGAUAUUUUUAUGAAGUUAAAUUUUAGAUGAGAGAAACACCCUCGGGGGGUACUGCCAUAUACGGGCUAUAUAGGUAUGUGCCGCUGUGAAGGGUAUGGUUUUCAAGCAGUUUACUCUAGGAUAGGGUAUAUAAAUCAGAGCGUUUGGGUCUAGAAUAGGGUAUCAUUUUUCAGGAAACUGAUCAGUUGGUUGAAGAUUUUAUUUAGACUAGCGAAACAGCUACUCUAGGAUAGGGGGGAUUUGGGGAGUUUACUCUAGUAUAGGGUAGCAAAAUUCAGCUGAACAAGCUCUUGUAUAGGUUAAGGGUUCCAGGUUCCCAGCGGCACAUCCCCAUCCAGAAAUUCCUAAAGUACCCCCCUCCCCAGGGAAACACCACACCGUGGACACCUACCCUUCUUCUUCUCUUUUGUUGUUUCCUUGUCAUGCCUCGUGUUCUAUUGUUAGCCUUCGACAUCAAAAGAAUACUAAAUGAUAUGACUCCUGGGUUCAAACUUUUCACAAUACUAAAUAAGCUGAGAAAAACUAUUACUAAAAAAUGAAAAUAAUUAUAAAUCUAAAGUGACGCCAAGGAAACGGGAAUUUAAAUUCACUUGCUUUCGAACUCUUCGCCUUUGCAACAACGUGGCUUCCUACAGGAAACAGGAUUUCCUUUGAAUAAGUUUUUCAUACCCUUUUUAAUCGACGGUCGAGUAGUCUUUUGAAAUCGUGUUCGGCGAAACGUGAUCAACAUAGCACGUCAUUUCAGUCAUCGCCGAAAACAAACCACAUGCACAUCACAAGACUCGUUUGCAUACAAUAAAAGUUUACAGAGCCUGACCAUCGUAGUUUUGCUAAUCUAAGAUUAUUCUUCUUUUUUUUCAACCACUGAAGUAUUCACUUGUUUCAAAGUAAUCAACGCUUUCAAGCGAUACGAUUCGUGGACAGACCUGUUCCGGAAAAGAUCUACAUCUUUCGCAUUACCUUAAUUUCCUGCAUGGCUUUCGUCACUCCGAGAUACUUAUCCCCAGUUUCCACGGCUAUGAUCUCCCUUUUGGGGAGGACACACGAAAAAAAAAAAAAAAAAAAACGGAAAGAAACGCUUGCAUUUUCUGAGGCUCGCCGCGAAAGCAAGCGAGACUAAUUUGACAGCCGAAACAGCCCUCUCUCCUCGGCGCUAAGUACUUCUGGACAAAUAUCCCUAGAGGCGAGUAUUGAAGAGAGACUGCUGUUUUUUUUUUCUUUUUUUGGCGCAGGCUAUCUCCGAGCAUAAGUACCCACAGGCGGCCCAAACUCACGUUAAGAGGGAAGGGUGUAAUGUAAUCUACAUACCAUAGGUGACGCGCCGGUGUCGCGUUACAGGCGACCGUUGAAAAUAUAAGAGACUUUGUAUGAAAAAAAAAAAUCAGUAAACGACAAUCAAACACCAAAAUGCCGUGGAAUAUAUUGCAGGUAACUCUGUUUUAUUCGUUUCAUUUAAGAAAAAGUAAGGUUUAGCGUUAUUUAGCGUUCGCAGAUCUCGGUAAUAUAUUUCUCAUACAAAGUCUCUUAUAUUUUCAACGGUCGCCUGUAACGCGACACCGGCGCGUCACCUAUGGUAUGUAGAUUACAUUACACCCUUCCCUCGUAACGUGAGUUUGGGCCGCCUGUGGCGUAGCAAGCGUUUCUGUGCGGUUUAGGAGCAAAGAAUGAGGAACAAGUGUCAGAGACGGCGCGAAAAUGGCGCAUUUUUUGGUUCUCGUUUAAUUUCUCGCGCGAUAAAACCGAAAAUCCCCUUCCACGGUCUUUUUUUGCUCCGAAACCAAACGGAAACGUUUGCUACGCAGGCUAAGUGCCUGGUAGAGUUACGUAAUGGUGUAAAAGUUGAUGCGUUCAUCACUGGUUCAUUCUCAUUAACUGAUGUCUUGUGGUAUCGAUAUAGGUUUAUGUAUUGGUUUGGUGUGCUACGGUCGGAGGGCAGGAUAUAUAAACUUCCUAUGUAUCAAACAGAAUACCCGUACGAUGCUAUUGCAAUCGAUUUACCAAAACCGUCUCAGUUUGCCAUUGAUUACUUCGACCGAAAACUGUACUGGACAGGAGGAAAUUAUCGCCGAUCAUCAGCGACAGGAAUAAAAUCUCACAGGCUGGACCUUGAUGACACAAUCGACGGACAGAGAACCGAGGUCAGUACCACUGGACGAAAAAAUGGAUUUAAUGAUAUUUGCCUCCGAGAAAAAUCUAAGACAUUUCAAGGUUAGCCUAGUCCAGGCUCCAAGAUGGUGGGGAAAACGGCUCGACAAAAAAACGCGGAAAACCGCGUUAGGACUAAAGAGAAAGGGACACAAGCUCGUUUUUUUGCUGCUUGUGCUCUUUCAGUUUUCGCUCGUCUACACCGACCGAAAGCCUGGCACAGGCUAUAUUGAAAGGUUAGUUGUAGAAAUUAAAUGAAGUCGACGAGCGGUACAGCCCAAAGUUUGAAAAAAUUGUAAAAACGUCGUGCUGAAGAAGGAGCUUUACUGAAAAAGUUAAAU